GGCUGUGCUGUUUUGAGCACACGUUUCCAACCAGGCAGUCUCAGUAAUCAAGGGCAAAGCAUAAUGAUGGACCUUUUUGAAACCAAUUCCUAUUUCUUUUUUAUUUUGAAGGAGAUAAUGGAGCCCUACAACAACUGGAAAUGACAGAUGGCUCUCCUUUGUAUCCAGGUAGUGAUGGUACGUUGUCCCCUUGUCAGGAUCAGAUACCAGGAGACGCUGGAAGUGACAGCAGUGGAGAGGAACAUGUGUUAGCCCCACCUGGCCUACAACCCCACUGUCCUGGGCAAUGUUUGAUUUGGGCUUGUAAGACCUGCAAGAGGAAGUCAGCACCAACAGACAGGAGGAAAGCAGCUACUUUAAGGGAAAGGAGAAGAUUAAAGAAAAUUAAUGAAGCAUUUGAGGCCCUGAAAAGAAGAACAGUUUCCAACCCAAACCAGAGACUUCCGAAAGUUGAAAUCCUACGCAGCGCAAUAAAUUAUAUAGAGAGGCUCCAGGAUCUCCUUCACAGUUUGGAUCAACAGGACAAGCCUCAGAAAGAAGAUGAGCCUUUCUCAUAUAACCCCAAGGAUGUCAGUAUGCAGAGAGAAGAUUUCUUAAGUAGCUGUCAUAGCGACUGGCACAAAAUUCCAAAUCAUUCCGCAAUUUCAGACAUGAGCCUUAAAGAAGAAGGAUCUGUUCAUGAGUCCUCAGCUUCCAGCAGCCUACAGUGUCUCUCUUCUAUAGUGGACAGUAUAUCAUCUGAAGAGCCGAAGCUCCCAUGCAAUAUUCAAGAAUUGGUUGACAACAGUAACCCAAUCUGA